CGAUUCAUAAACGUCAAUUUAGCCCCGCUGCGUCUAUCUUGCCGACAGUUGUGCAAAAACUAGAAAAUUUUAUACCGAAAAUCUAGCACAAAUUGCAUUUUGGCAAAAAAUACAGAAAAUUUACCAUUGAAAAUCGAGUGUUUAACCCCGGCCUAUUCAAAUGCUGUCCGAGGAAGAGGCGGGAAUGGAUUACGAUGAGUUGACGUUGAAUCCACUGCUAGCCGAAAUCGAGGCUGAAACUACUGAGUUGGACUCUAAAAAGGAAAAGCAACGCCGCUACUGGACGGCAAAAGAAGAGCAACGUUUCUUCGAGAUUUGGGGUCGCGACAAUUGGCGUUUGACUCGGCAUGGAAAAAAUACAAUUUUCUUCGCAAAAUGGGCUAUUGAGUUGAAGGACCGUUUCGAUAUUGACGUGAAACAAGAGGAAAUACAAGCGAAAGUUAAUCAAACGCGCGCAAAGUUCAGACAAGUCAAAAAACAGAUAGCAGCAGACAAGAAUUGCGUACGUUGGAAAAAGUUUGCCAUAAUUGAUAAAAUACUUAAGAACCAAUAUCGCCCAAAAGAUGCCUCACCGGUACCGAAGGAGGCGCUGGAAAAUAAUCGUGAUAUCGAUUUGAGUGAAGUUUCGUCGCCACCGUCACCUUCACGAUCGGCACGUCAGUCCUCACCCACAAGUAUUACAUCGAGUUCCAAUACGCAAGAAGCACCUACCAAUGCAUCGGUGGCGGAAAAUAACAAUACUGCUGUAUCAAUAGACGUGCCAGCAAGCACAGAAGAUAUUGACAUAAAAGUUGAGGGUGAAUUUCUCGCUGAUUCCAGUAUAACUACAACACUAUUCAAUACAACCGCUGAGCUUUUCAGUGACCCUAUUGAUGAGGUUAAAGCUGAGUUCCCAAGUGAAUAUCAUACUUUCGGCAACUACCCACAGCCAAAUCAUUUCGAAUCCCAGCCACCAACACAGGAUGAUGAUUAUGAGGAACCACAAUUGCAUACACUGCAAACACCACAACAACUUUUGGAGCAGCAGCAACAACAGCAACAACUGCAGGAGCAACAACAAUACCAACAGUAUCGUCCUCCAGCAUCUUCAUCAGCACCACCACCUGAUACAACUACAGUAAACAACUCACAACAUCCGGAUCAAUUACUACAGCAGCAUGCACAACAAAAUCCGCAACAAGCCGGGUAUGAUCAUAGCGGCAACUCAUACGCAGCGAAUCAAAUUGCCGCCAAUCAGAAUCAUUACACUUCAAACACUACGCCAGCUGCAGCCACAUCAUCCACACAACAACAAGCUUCUGACAACCCAGUAUAUAAUAAUCAAUACGCUGGCAAUACUAAUCAUAACAACACUGCUAGUGCUAGCAGCAGUGCUGCUACAAUGCAGCCACCAACGUCAGGGCUAGGUCGCGGUGCACCCGGACAACCUCGACGACGGCGCACGACGCACGUUAAUAAUAUGGUGGUAUCAGCGCAGGGUGGUACAGAUUCUUUGGAGUCAAUGUACCUUAAUGAGGUGCGCAAAAAGAAUAUACUGCUUGCCGAGCAGUUGGAAAUCUCACGCAAGCGCAUGUUGAUAGAAGAGCGUAAGGUGAAUCUUUUGGAACGUUUCUUUCCGAAAUGCCUGGAAAUGCAGGAACAAAUACUUGAGAAGCUUAAUAACAAUACUUAAACCAGUUAAAAUUCUGCUAUUGAAAGCAUGCAACGCAGCAAAAUUAAAAGAAAAAAAAAACCUUCAUACAUAUACUAUUCAAAAUUAUUCAAAUAAGCUAAGAAAUAUCCCUGUGUUCAAAAAUGUCUCAAGCCAAAGCAUCAUUCUCUUUUAUUUAUGAACAAUAAUUGAUGGAAAUAUCCAAUAUGCGCAACUCUGUUAAAUACCGAAUUGGAACUUAGUUACGCAAAUAAGACAUUUCCUUCAAUUAUAGUUUAAAAAUAAAAUGAACUAGUGUUUUGGCUUGAUACAUUUCUGAAAACAGCUUAAGUUAAAAAUGCAGUAAAUAUUAGUGAUCAGAGAAAAGUACUAAAUUUCGCAAUUGCUAAAUAUUCUAUAUUUGUUUAAAUGCUGUAAAAAUAUUUAGAAAGACCUGGCAUGAAAUCAGCAUAUAUGUAUUUUUAUUAUUUAAUCACAUCUAAACUGAGCAGUUGUCAAACAUACACCUUUUUCUCCUUCAAUAGGUCUCUUUUAAACUGACUUGAACAAAUGUAAUUAAGCUAAUUGUUUGUUUAGUUAUUCAGAUUGAGAAAAAAAAA